UACUGUGCGUCUUCUGACGUCAGGAAGUUUCAUAAGGCUGACAGGAACCACUGGGCUGUAGUUCAUCUUUAGACUCACAGAAGGGAAGGAUGCCUGAAGCUGAUAUAACGUACGCUGAUGUGAAGUUCACUCGACCGAGGCCCAGAGAAAAUGUUGCUUCAAACGACAUCACUUACUCUGAAGUCAGGAUCUCAAACAAACAGCAACCAGCAAUCAACCAAACAUCUGGGUCCAUCAGGAGGUCAAAGGUCUCCUCAGAACAACUGGUUCUGCUGGUUCUCCUUUCAUUGCUGGUAGCUGCUGUCAUUGCUCUUGGAGUCACCUGGUCCUUUAUGAAUCAAAGAAUCCAAACCUUAACUGAGGAGAAUGGAGCUCUGAGGAGAAAUCUCUCAGCUAAGAUGAAUCCGAAGUGUGAAGCAGACUGGAUGGCACAUGGAGGAAGCCUUUAUAAGUUCAACACCAUGAAGUCCUCCUGGACUGAGAGCAGAUAUUCCUGCAUAGCUCAGGGAGGAGACCUGGUGAAGAUCGACAGCAGAGAAGAGCAGUUUCUUGACCCUGGCCUGUUUCAGCAGACUGAGGUGAUGUUUCAGAGGCGGCAGCAGCAGCAGCAGCAGGGCCACUUGGCAUGGCAGACACAGGUUCCCCCUCUAGAAAACCAUCAGCAGCUCAAUACCUCUGAGACAGAGGAACUGGUCAUAGACUUCAGGAAAUCUGGACCAUUCCCAGUUCUGAUGGAGGCAGAGGAGGUUGUUCUUGUAGAAAAGUAUCCCAGGCUGUCGCUGGACAACAAGCUAGAUUGGGCAUGCAACACAUCUGACCUGUACAAAAGCUCCUUCCUUCAGAGGCUCCGGUCACUUAACAUCUUCAGGAAACUUCUGCAGAUGUUCUGCCAGCCGGUGGUUGGGGAUGGGGAGCAGCAGAAGGCUGAAGCUGCUGCCUCCCAACAUGAAAACCCAACCAGAACCUCCAAGCUGCCAUCAGAGAGAGUCGUCAUGCUGGUUCUGGGCUCUCUGCUGGCUGCUGCUCUCGUCAUCAUCUACAGACUCUUUUUUGAUAAGAUCCAAACCAAUCAGAUGAUCCAAACCCUGAAAGAGGAGAAUGAAGCUUUGAGGAGAAACUUCUCAGAGGAAAUGCGUCUGAAUAACAGACCAGAAUGGGAGAGAUAUCAAGGAAAGUGUUAUAAGUUCAACACCAGGAAGUCCUCCUGGACUGAGAGCAGAGAUUCCUGCAGACGUCUGGGAGGAGACCUGGUGAAGAUAGACAACAGAGAUGAGCAGGUAUUCCUGGAGAUCAGACUGAGAGACUGGAUGGAGGAAAGUGAGGACAAGUUCUGGAUCGGACUGACAGACUCAAAGAAAGAAGGCAGAUGGUUGUGGGCGGAUGGAUCACCUCUGAAUGAAAGUUUGACGUUUUGGAGUAAAGGUCAACCUAAUGACGGGAACAAAAGGAAUCCAGCUGGAGAAGAUUGUGUGAGGAUGUGGCUGAGAGGAGGAGCUGGUGAUUUGAAGCGUUGGUUUGAUAUGUCCUGUGGUGCUCAUUACAAAAGUAUCUGUGAGAAAUCAAUAGUUCCUGGUCUAAGACCAUCUGUCUGUAAAUAAAGUUCAGUUCAGACUAUAAAACAGUCUUAGAACAGGAUCAAGAAGCUGCAGAGAUACUAGUUUCAUAAACAUAAUGUCACAAACAUUGAA